GCCCUUCAGUCUCAUUCAGGGCCACCAACAUCACUCAAGUGUGUCUAAUGUGGCUAGUUUGGUUCAAAUAAUGACUGACACUGGAGAGGGAGACGAUGAAUUCCAGUUUUUACGAACGGGAGAUGAUGUGGUUUUGCAGAGUACCUUCACCUCCCGGGAGGAACAUGUGAAGCUCUGUCUUGCUGCCGAGGGAUUUGGCAGUAGACUGUGUAGGCUUGAGCCCACCUCUAACUGCAAGAAUGUUCCACCAGACUUGUCUGUAUGUGGUUUUGUCCUGGCCCAGUGUCUCUCUGUUAGAGCCCUGCAGGAAAUGCUGACCCACAGUGAGGACCUGGCUGCAGAGGUGGUAGCAGGAGGAAGCCAUCGCACUCUUCUUUAUGGCCAUGCAGUGUUGUUCCUACACUCAUACAGUGGCAUGUAUCUCAGCUGCUUAUCUUCAUCUCAGUCUUCAACUGACAAACUCACUUUUGAUGUUGGUCUGCAAGAGGAUAAAGCAGGUGAGGCGUGUUGGUGGACCGUCCACCCAGCAUCCAGACAGAGGUCAGAGGGUGAGAAAGUGCGUGUUGGGGAUGAUCUCAUACUCGUCAGUGUGUCCUCAGAAAGAUAUCUGCACCUAUCCUUUGGCACUGUAUUUGACAACAAAAGCUUGAGUGACAGCCUGAUUGUUAAUGCAGCCUUCCAGCAAACUCUUUGGAGUGUCGCUCCCAUCUGCUCUGGAGGUGGAGUUGCUCAAGGAUACCUAAAGGGGGGCGACACAGUGCGGCUACUCCACAGCCAUAGUGACGCAUGUCUGACUGUUCCGUCUGCAGAGCAGGGAGAGGAGCUGCAAAGGAUAAUGCAUUACGAGAUUGGAUCAGUGUCCAGGCAUGCCCGCUCUCUCUGGAGGCUGGAGAUUCUGCGUGUUGUUUGGAGUGGUAGGCAUACAUGCUGGGGUCAACCUUUCCGACUCUGUCAUAUGACCACUGGGAGGUAUCUGGGUCUUACCGAGGAGAAAGGCCUGCAUCUGGUUGAUCGGGACAAGGCUGAUAUCAACACAACCUCCUUCUGCUUUCGAUCAUCAAAGGACAAGCUUGACAUUGGCACCAAGACUAAUGUUGAUGGCAUGGGGAUCCCAGAGAUCAAGUACGGAGACUCCAUUUGUUAUGUUCAGCAUGUAGACUCUGGGCUCUGGCUCACCUACCAGGCUGUUGAUGCCAAAUCUACACGCAUGGGAGGGACUCAGCGAAAAGCUGUUUUGCACAGCGAGGGUCACAUGGACGACGGGCUGACGCUGUCUCGUUCUCAGAGGGAAGAAUCUCAUACUGCCAGACUCAUCCGGAGUGCUACCCUCCUCUUCACUUGCUUUAUCAGGAAACUGGAUGGUUUCAGUCAACACGGAAACCUCACGUUUGGCAGCCUGCCAAUGGAGAUAGUGACCUGUAGUCUGCAGGAUCUAAUAAACUAUUUUCAGCCUCCACCGGAGGGGCUAGACCAUGAAGCUAAACAGAACAAAAUGACAGCGUUAAAGAAUCGGCAGAACAUGUUUCAGGAGGAGGGUGUGAUAGAUUUGGUCCUAGAUUGUAUUGAUCGUCUGCACCAACAUAGUAGUGCUUCUCAUUCUGAGACUGCUCAAAGUGACGCAGGAGCAGAGUGGGAGACCAUCCUCAACCGCUUCUAUGAGCUAUUGGCUGCUCUGCUACGGCGAAACCGUGUAAAUUGUGCACAUUUCUCAGGUUCUCUAGACUGGCUGAUCAGCAGACUAGACCGGCUGGAGGCCUCUUCUGGAGUCUUGGAGGUUCUGCAGUGUGUCCUAGUGGAAAGUCCUGAAGCACUCAAUGUCAUUAAAGAAGGACACAUUCAUUCUAUCAUCUCAUUUCUAGACAUGCAUGGAUGCAACCACAAGGUUCUGGAGGUGCUGUGCUCUCUGUGUGUGUGCCACGGUGUGGCGGUGCGGUCCAAUCAGAACCUCAUCUGUGACAACUUGCUGCCAGACAGAGACUUGCUGCUCCAAACACGUCUGACUAAUCGGGUCACCAGCAUGAGACCAAACAUCUUCUUGGCUCUGGGAGAAGAUUCAGCCCAGCAUCGGAGGUGGUACUAUGAGCUGGUUGUGGAUCAUGUCGACUCCUUCCUCACAUCUGAGCCCACACACCUGCGUGUUGGCUGGGCUUGCACUGAGGGAUACCAGCCCAAGCCCACAGGGGGUGAAGGCUGGGGGGCCAACGGGGUGGGAGACAACCUCUGCUCCUACGGCUUUGAUGGGCUUCACCUCUGGUCAGGCUGUGUGGGCCGCAGAGUUAGCUCUCCCUUCCCUCACCUGCUGAAAGAUGACGAUGUGGUCAGCUGCUGUCUAGACCUCAGUGCACCCUGCAUCUCUUUCCGGGUCAAUGGCCUACCUGUGCAGGGCAUGUUGGAGAACUUCAGUGCAACUGGACUUCUUUUUCCUGUGGUCAGCUUCUCUGCUGGAGUCAAGGUUCGGUUUCUGUUUGGGGGAAGGCAUGGAGAGUUUCGCUUCUUGCCCCCACCAGGUUUUGCUCCGUGCUCUGAGGCUCUGCUCCCGAGAGUCAAGCUCAAAGUAGAGCCAUGUCACAAAUACAUAUUGAAUCAUGGAGAAGGGAAACAACAGCUCAUUGGCCCCUCAGUACCUUCUACUCCAGUGACCUUUUGUCCCGCACCAGUAGACACCAGCAAGGUGGUAUUGCCCCCUCAACUUGAAGAUAUCCGAGAGAAAAUGGCGGAAAACAUCCAUGAACUCUGGGCAAUGGACAAGAUUGAUCUUGGAUGGACACAUGGACUUGUGAGAGAUGAAGUUAAGAGGCAUGAUCCCUGUCUGGUGGAGUUCUCCAAGCUGCCAGAGCACGAGAGGAACCAGAACCUUCAGAUGGCUGAAGACACCCUCAGGACUCUCCUCGCCCUUGGUUUCCACAUUGGUUUGAUGGAUGAACACGCUGUGGAGAGAGUCAAAUACAUGAGACUAGCCACCAAAUAUGAGCAGCCCAGUGGGUAUAGGCCUGCCCCAGUAGACUUGAGCCAGGUUUUGCUGAGCCCCGCCCAUGAGGAAGCGGUUAACUUGCUGGCAGAGAAUGAUCACAAUGUAUGGGCCAGAGAGCGUAUCAAACAUGGAUGGACCCAUGGAACCCAACAGGAUGUGAAAGCGAAGCGGAGCCCGUACCUCGUGCCCUACAGCCUUCUUGAUGAAAAGAGUAGGAGAGUGGGCAGGGAGAGUGUCAGAGAGGCUUUCUGUACCCUGCUGGCCUACGGUUACAGCCUGGAACCACUCAACCAGGAACGGACUACAUUAUCAAAUCCAUGUCUCAUCUCUGCUAAGAAGUGCCGAGUGUUCAGGCCAGAUAAAUCAUACGCUGUAACGCUGGGGAAGUGGUACUUUGAAUUUGAAAUAGUGACAGCGGGGAAUAUGAGAGUGGGCUGGGCCCGACCAGGCUGUACGCCAGAUAAAGAGCUCGGCUCAGAUGACCAGGCAUUUGUCUUCGAUGGAUUUGAGGCUCAGUGGUACCAUCAGGGCGUUGAGCCCCUGGGACGUCCAUGGCAGCGAGGCGAUGUGGUGGGUUGCUUGGUGGACAUGGCUGAAAGCACCAUGAUGGUCACGCUCAAUGGAGAGGUGCUGUUUAAUGACAGAGGAUCAGAGCUGGCUGCCAAGGACUUUGAUAUCAAAGACGGCCUUUUGCCUGUGGUCAGUGUUGGGGUGAACCAGGUGGGGAGGCUGAACCUGGGCCGCCAAGUGGACUCUCUGCAGUACUUUUCUGUGUGUGGCCUACAGGAGGGAUAUGAACCAUUUGCUGUCAAUAUGGCCAGAGACCCAGCCCUGUGGAUGAGUUGGAAACAGCCUCAGUUUACCUCCAUAAUGCCUGAUGAUCACAAUUUACAGGUCACUAGAGUCAGUGGCUCAACAGAUUCCUUAUCCAGCCUGAGGGUCUCUCAGCGAUUGUUUGCACAUCACAGUGGAGGCAGUGAGAUGGGCUUUUACCGGCUAAGCAUGCCCAUCGAAUGUGCUGCCAUCCUCACUAGCCCUGCCGGGGGCGUUCUUCCAGUGGCCUCCAACUCUCUGAAAGAUCAGGAGGAGGUGGAUUCUGACUUUGAAGUGCUGAGGAAGUCAGCCCAUGGUUUUAAUGGUUCAAGAGAUGAGCUCAACCAUAAGGAUCAUAGUCAAGACAAAACCUCAAGAUUGAAACAACGGUUCAUGCUGAAGAAGACUAAACCAGGACUAAUCAGCAGCAACUCCUCUGCACGACUUCUAGAAGAUGUCGUAGUUGACAAGGAUAACUAUGAUCACCUUAUCCAGAGCUCCAGAUAUUAUUACUCCGUGAGGGUUCUUCCAGGCCAGGAGCCGUUCAAUGUGUGGGUAGGCUGGGUGACCUCUGACUUUCAUCACCUUGAUGUGACAUUUGACACGGACAGUGUCCACACAGUGACUGUCACCCUCGGAGAUGACAGUGGCAAAGUGCAGGAAAGUGUGAAGCGGUGUAACUGUUACAUGUUUUGUGCUGGAGAAGCAACAGGCCUGUCUCAGAGUCGGAGAAGUUCAGGGUUGGAAAUUGGCUGUUUAAUUGACACAGCCACUGGACUGCUCACCUUUACCUCCAGUGGAGUGGAGAUGGCCACUUUCUAUCAAGUGGAAGCCAGUACAAAGCUGUUUCCUGCUGUUUUUGUCAAGCCCACCACCAGCAACAUGUUUCAGUUUGAAGUGGGACGCAUUAAGAAUGUUAUGCCACUGUCAGCAGGACUGCUUCGCAGUCAAAGAAGGAAUGCCGCUCCUCAGUGUCCUCCAAGGUUUCAGGUCCAGCAUCUUAGCCCGGUUUCGUGGACCAGAGUACCAGAACGUGCAUUGAAGGUGAUGGUGGAUCGGCCAAAUGAAUACCACGGCUGGAGAGUCCAAUGCUCUGAGCCCCUGCAAGUCAUGACCCUUCAGAUCCCUGAUGAAAACAGGUGUGUUGACAUUUUGGAGCUGUCGGAACUCGAUGACCUCUUGACCUUUUACCACCACACUCUCCUCCUCUACUGCUCUUUAUGCACCCUUGGAAAUACCAGAGUUUGCCAUGCUCUCUGCAGUCAUGUGGACCAAUCCCAGGUCCUUCAUGCCAUUCAGAAUCCCCACCUCCCUGGCUCUCUCCGCUCUGCAUUUUACCAGCUACUUAUUCAGGUUCACCUCAGCAGCCACGCCACAGCAUGUCUCAUGAUGAACCAUGAAUACAUUGUGCCUAUGACUGACCAGACCAGAGAAAUCACCCUUUCUUCCAGCCCUGCUAAUGGUGUUAAUGGGGGGAAAGGUAUUCCCAGCACUAGUCUUAGCACAUCCCUUAAACCACGGAUGCAUUUCUCCUCUCCUUGUUUUGUCAGGACCUCCACAGAGAGCCCAGAAAUCCCUCUGGAGAUAUUGAAGGACCUGACUGUGGAGAUGCUGACUGCUGGAGUAUUGGCUGCGAGUCAGGGUGUAAGGGAUCCUGUAGGAGGCAGCAUUGAGCUUCUACUUGUUCCCCUAAUUAGACUGUUCUACACCCUGCUGGUUAUGGGGGUAUUUGGCGAUGAGGAUUUAGGAAAAGUUCUGAGACUGAUAGAACCGUCAGUCUUCUACACUCCCGAGGAGGAAUAUGAAGAAGAAGCUAGCGAUGGUGAAAAAGAAUGGAAAGGGGGCAACAAAAAAGAAGAUGAAACCUCUAAACAAGGACUUCUUCAAAUUAAACUUCCAGAAGCUGUCAAACUUGAGCUCUGCAAUCUGCUGUCCUACCUGUGUGAUUGCCAAAUGCGCCACAGGGUAGAAGCUGUGGUUGCCUUCUCUGACAACUUUGUGGGUCAGCUGCAGGAGAACCAACGCUUUCGCUACAACCAGGUCAUGCAAGCACUCAACAUGUCAGCCGCUCUCACCGCCCGCAAGACCAAGGAGUUCCGAUCACCUCCAGAAGAGCAGAUCAACAUGUUGCUGAGCUUUAGAGAAGAUGAGCAACAGGAGAACUGCCCAUGUCCAAUGGAAAUCCAACAGCUCCUGCAACACUUCCAUCACCUCCUCAACACACACUCUGGCAUUGAAUUGGACAGUGACACAGAGGAUGAAGAGGAUGCUGAGUUGUCUGUAAAAGAUCGACUUCUCAGUUUAGUAGCAAGAGUCAUUGGACUGAAGAAGAAGAGACCCAUAGAAGUGGAGGAGAGUAGACUGCAGAGUGCCAAGUCCCUAAAAAAGCUGAUCUCUGAGACAAUGGUGCAUUGGGCUCAAGAGACGGAGAUGGAGGACCCUGAACUGGUUAGGGCUGUCUUCUCAUUGCUACACUGCCAGUAUCAGGGCCUUGGGGGGCAAAUGGCAGGACCCCUCUGCAGAACGUACACCAUUAGCCAGGCUUCUGUAGAGGACACCAUGGCUCUCCUGUCCUCCCUGAGCCAAAUCCGCUCCCUCCUCAGUGUCUGCAUGGGGAAAGAAGAGGAGAGGUUGAUGAUCAGGAAACUAGGAGACAUCAUGAAUAAUAAAGUUUUCUACCAGCACCCCAACCUAAUGAGGGCAUUGGGGAUGCAUGAGACUGUGAUGGAGGUUAUGGUCAAUGUUCUCGGAGAGGGGGAAUCAAAGGAGAUUACUUUUCCCAAGAUGGUGGCCAGCUGCUGUCGAUUCCUGUGUUAUUUUUGUCGCAUCAGCCGUCACAAUCAGGGAGCCCUUUUUGACCAUCUCAGCUACCUGCUGGAAAACAGCAGUGUUGGACUAGCUUCACCGUCCAUGCGUGGGGCCACUCCUCUGGAUGUGGCAGCCGCCUCUGUUAUGGAUAAUAACGAACUGGCCUUAGCGCUGAGGGAACCUGACCUAGAGAAGGUGGUUCAGUACCUUGCUGGCUGUGGUCUCCAGAGCUGUUCAAUGCUAGUGGCUAAAGGCUAUCCUGAUAUUGGAUGGAACCCCGUGGAGGGCGAGCGUUACCUGGAUUUUCUACGUUUUGCUGUCUUCUGCAAUGGUGAGAGUGUAGAGGAGAAUGCUUAUGUAGUAUUGAGGUUGCUGAUUCGUCGGCCUGAGUGUUUUGGGCCUGCCCUGCGAGGGGAUGGGGGAAAUGGUCUCCUAGCAGCCAUGGUGGAAGCCAUCAGGAUCUCAGAGGACCCUUCUAUGGACGGACCUUGCACCUCAUACCAGUCCAACAGAACACUAGAUGUUGUCCAGGACAAUGACGAUGACCUCAUUCACAUGGGGCACGCCAUCAUGACCUUUUACUCAGCCCUUAUCGACUUGCUGGGCCGCUGCGCUCCAGAGAUGCAUUUGAUUCAAGGAGGCAAAGGAGAGGCAAUCCGCAUCAGAGCCAUUCUGAGGUCGCUCAUCCCCAUUCAGGAUCUUGAGGGAGUCAUCAGCAUCUCCCUUCAAAUCCCUUCAGUGUCUACAGAUGGUCUGGUGGUUGAGCCUGACCUAUCCACAGUGUUCUGCCCAGACCACAAGGCAGCUAUGGUCCUGUUCCUAGACCGGGUUUAUGGCAUUGAAAACCAGAGUUUCCUUCUCCACCUACUAGAAGUUGGCUUUCUGCCUGACCUUCAGGCAGCCAUCUCUCUUGACACUUCUGACUUAGGAUCCACUGAUAUGGCCCUGGCCCUCAACAGAUACUUGUGUACAACUGUGCUUCCCUUGCUCACCAGAUGUUCAGCUCUCUUCUGUGCUUUAGAGGACCAUGCCUUGCUGGUGGAUUCUCUAAUUCAGGCAGUGUACAGCCUCUCCAGGGCUCAUAGCUUGACCAAGGCUCAGAGAGACACCAUUGAAGACUGUUUGUUGGCUGUGUGCAGUAAACUUCAACCAUCUAUGAUGCAGCCGCUUCUUCGACGUCUUGUCUUUGAUGUUCCCCAGCUCACAGACCACAGCAAGAUGCCACUAAAGCUCUUGGCCAGUCACUACGAGCAGAGGUGGACGUACUACUCGCUAACUGGAGGACAGAGUGACCAGGGUUUUGCCUCUGAAGAGGAGCUCCACCUGUCUAGAAAGUUGUUCUGGGGUGUGUUUAAGGCCUUGGCAAACAAGCCCUAUGAGCCUCAGUUAUUUAGGCUGUGUGUCCAGUGCCUGGCUGCUGUGGCCAAGGCCCUGCCCCCUGACCACGUGGACUCGAGCUGCAUGUCCCAUACAGAGAGUAAAGCCUCAAUGGACACGGAAGGACACUUUGAUCCCCACCCUAUAGAUACAUCCAACGUGUCAGUGCCAGAGAGACUGGAGUUUGUAGUGAACAAGUAUGCAGAGCAUACUCACGAGAAGUGGUCACUGGACAAGUUUGCCAAUGGCUGGGUUCAUGGGGAGCAGCUGUGUGAGAACGCCAAGGUUCACCCUCUCCUCAAGCCAUACAGGGCUCUGGCUGAGAAGGAGAAGGAGGCAUACCGCUGGGCCAUUAAAGAGACAAUAAAAAGUAUGCUGGCCUUUGGAUGGACCAUAGAAAGGACCAAAGAAGGAGACGCAUUUGGCACACAUACCUGCACACGCAGAGUCUCUCAGUCUGGACAGCUGUCUUUUGAAGGAGCAUCAACAUUCAGCCCCAAACCUAUGGACAUGAGUAGCAUCACCUUAUCAUGGGACCAGUGUGCAAUGGCUGAACAGUUGGCUGAAAACUACCACAAUGCCUGGGCUAAGAGGAAGAAAUUAGAUCUUGAGAGUAAAGGAGGGGGUGGCCAUUCAAUGCUUGUACCCUAUGAUACCCUGACUGCCAAGGAGAAGACCAAAUUCAGAGAAAGGGCCCAGGAUGUCCUCAAGUUCCUGCAGCUCAAUGGCUACACUGUGUGGAGGGAUCGGAAGACAGUGGAGAUGGACUUUCCAGCCAUAGCUAACUGCUUUGGCUACACUCUCCUUCAGCGACUUCUGUCUCACACUGAGGAUGCCCAAGAGCACAUGUUGGAGCUGGAAGUGAUGCAAGCCAGAGGACAGAUGUCUAAAGGAGAGAGAGCUUCACACCAGCACCCAAUUCAUUUCUUUCCCACGGUUAUCCUUCCUCUUCUGGAACAAUAUGCGAAGAGCUACCGUCUCUAUUUCCUGUCCACUUCUCUCUGCUCAACUGGUAAUAGAAGCCAUGCCUCAAAAAAGGAAAAAGAGAUGAUUGCAAGCCUCUUUUGUAAGCUUGCAGCUCUAGUAAGACACAGGAUCUCGCUCUUUGGAAACGAAGCCGCCUCAGUUGCAAGCUGCCUCCAUGUUUUGGCUCAGGCUCUGGAUGCCAGGACCUUGAUGAAGUCAGCCCCAGAGUCUAUCCAAUCAUCCCUGCAUUUAUUCUUUGAGGCAGCCGCAGCAGAUCUGGAGACGACUGUGGAAAACCUUUCUGUGACCUUGGUCUGUUUGCCUCAGAGUAGGAGUCAACAGGCUAGAGGAGUGGCCAAAGUCCUCAGCUACACAAACUCCAUUCUUCUCCCCACCCUCACUUCCCUCUUCCAGCAUGUUAGCAUCCAAAAUUAUGGAGUGGACCUCCUAGUGGGGAGUAUCCAGGUGUCCUGUUACAGGAUCCUCAACAGCCUUUACUCUCUUGGCACCAGUAGCAGCAUCUACAUGGAGGGGCAGAGGCCAGCAGCAGGCGCUUGUCUGGCAGCCCUGACUGGGACAUUUCCUGUAUCUUUCCUGGAGCCAGCCCUAAACCAAAACAACCCUUACUCCAUCUACAACACCAUGAGUGCUACUGAGAGAGAAGACAUGGGGUUGCCAGAUCAGGUAGAGGACAUGUGUCCUCUCCUGCCUUCUUUGGAACAGGCUCUGGGGGAAGUAGAGGAGUUGGCAGGCGCUGGUGCUGGAGCUCGCCAGGCCCACUACAUCCAUGUCACGGAGGUCACCUUGCCCAUGCUGUGCAGCUACAUGUCCCUUUGGUGGUACUGGGGCCCUGAGGGCCAGCCAGACAGCCCAAUCUGCACUUCUGUCAUUCCUCAGCAUUCCAGUGACCUACUUGGCCACAUCCUCUGUAUCAUCCACCAUCAUGUGGGUGCUAGCCAGGGUGACUGGAUGAAACAGCUGGCAGUUUUUUGUCAGCCAAUCAUAUGCAAAGCCCGCUCUAAGCUGUUAAAGAGCCACUUCCUGCCACUGAUGGAGAAAUUGAGGAAGAGGGCAGAAUGUGUGCUGCUAGAGGAGGAGCAAAUGAAAGCAGCAGAGUGUGAUACAUCAGAAGCAGAGAUGCAGAUACAGGAGAAGUUCACUGUGCUGGUGCGAGACCUCUACACCUUCUAUCCCAUCCUCAUCCCAUUUGUGGAUUCUAAUCGAGCCAGCUGGCUGAAAGAAUCUAAUCCUGAUGCUGAGCAGCUGUUCAGCAUGGUGGCAGUGGUCUUUAUAUUCUGGGCAAAAUCUCAUAAUUUCAAAUGGGAGGAACAGAACUAUGUGGUCCAGAAUGAAAUCAAUAACUUGGCUUUCUUGGUCAACAACGACAAAAUGUCAAAGUUUAACCACGAGAAAAGAAGGAUGAAGAGGAAGGGGGAUCGUUAUUCCACACACACCUCUCUCAUUGUGGCUUCUAUGAAGAGACUGCUCCCUGUGGGACUGAGGGUUUGUUUUCCAGGCGACCAGAGCCUGAUCACGUUGGCUAAGAAUGGUUUCACUCAGAAGCACACUGAAGAUGAGAUUCGAGAGCAAGUUUUCAACUGCCUUAUACAUCAGAGUCAGGUAAAGGGAUCAAAUUGCUCGAGGCAGGAGACCCUUUAUGCAGAAGCUCAGAGACAGCUAGGGGUCAUCAAUGACACCCAAAGGACUGUAGACAGGAUUUUGGAAAUAGCUCAAGUCCUUUAUUACCUGGACCAGUAAAGUAAAGACUGGUAUGGUAGAAGUUACAGUAGUGUUGUGGAACACCCGCAGAGAAGCAAAAAACCUGCAGGGAGCAAGGUCUUAUCCAAACAGAGGAAACGAGCGGUGGUAGCCUGCCUAAGGAUGGCUCCACUCUACAACUUACCCAGGCACAGGGCUGUCAACCUGUUCCUCCAAGGCUACAAAAAGUCCUGGAUAUCAGCUGAGGACCACAGCUUUGAGGAGAAGCUUGUGGAGGAUUUAGCUGUCUGUGGAGGUGACAAGGAGGAAGAAAAAGACGUGGAGGAUGGUGCCAAACCAAUCGAUCCCCUCCUACAACUAAUUACACUCUUCAGUCGAAGCGCCCUGACAGAAAGGAGUAAGCCUCGAAAUGACAGUCUGUAUCAGUCCUACGCCACUAUAAUGGCCAAGAGCUGCCACAGAGAGGACUAUGAUGUUGAAGAUAAACAGGAGCGGGAAAGCUUUGAAGAGAAGGAGAUGGAGAAACAGAAGCUGCUGUACCAGCAGGCCAGGCUGCAUCGUCGUGGAGCUUCUGAGAUGGUCCUGCAAACCAUCAGUGCUAGCAAAGGGGCCAUGAGCUCCAUGAUUGCUCCUACAUUGAAGCUGGGUAUUGCUGUUCUCAGCGGGGGGAAUGCCACUGUUCAGCAGAAAAUGCUGGAUUAUCUGAGAGAGAAGCGAGAUGUUGGUUUCUUUCAGAGCAUGGCUGGACUCAUGCUGUCAUGUAGUGUUCUGGAUCUGAAUGCUUUUGAGAGGCAGAACAAAGCAGAGGGAUUAGGCAUGGCCAUGGACGAGAGCUCAGGACAGAAGGUGAUGCCUGACAAAGACAUAACCUGUGACCUGUUUCGUUUUCUACAGCUGCUCUGUGAAGGACACAACUCAGACUUCCAGAAUUACCUGAGAACACAAACAGGCAACAACACCACUGUCAACAUCAUAAUAUCCACCGUGGACUAUUUACUGAGAGUACAGGAGUCAAUCAGUGACUUCUACUGGUACUACUCAGGGAAGGAUGUGAUUGAUGAACACGGCCAACACAAUUUCUCCAAGGCCAUCGAAGUGGCCAAACAGGUCUUCAACACACUUACUGAGUACAUACAGGGCCCAUGUACUGGCAACCAACAGAGUCUAGCUCACAGUCGUCUGUGGGAUGCUGUUGUGGGAUUCCUCCAUGUCUUUGCCCACAUGCAAAUGAAGCUCUCUCAGGAUUCACGGCAAAUUGAGCUUCUGAAAGAGCUCAUGGAUUUACAAAAGGACAUGGUUGUUUUUUUGCUCUCCAUGUUAGAAGGUAAUGUUGUCAAUGGAACUAUUGGAAAGCAGAUGGUGGAUAUGUUGGUGGAAUCAUCAGGCAAUGUGGAGAUGAUCCUCAAAUUUUUCGACAUGUUCCUCAAACUUAAAGACCUCACGUCCUCAGAUGCCUUCAGAGAGUACGACCCUGAUCAUAAGGGCUGCAUCUCUAGGAAGGACUUCCAGAAAGCCAUGGACAAUUGCCGGCGUUUCUCCCAAGCUGAGACUCACUUCCUCCUCUCCUGCAUGGAGACUGACGACAGUGAAAUUGUGGAUUAUGAGGCCUUUGUGGAUCGCUUCCACGAGCCAGCCAAAGACAUUAGCUUCAGUAUCGCGGUUCUCCUUACCAAUUUGUCCGAACACAUGCCCAAUGAUUCAAGACUAAAGACAUUUAUGGAACUGGCAGAGUGCGUGUUGACUUACUUCCAGCCCUAUCUAGGACGUAUUGAGAUCCUUGGUGGUGGGAAGCGCAUUGAACGUGUCUACUUUGAGAUCAGUGAAUCCUGCCGCACACAAUGGGAGAAGCCUCAGGUCAAAGAGUCCAAGAGGCAAUUCAUUUUUGAUGUGGUAAAUGAGGGUGGAGAGAAGGAGAAAAUGGAGAUGUUUGUUAAUUUUUGUGAGGACACCAUUUUUGAGAUGCAGCUUGCAGCCAAGAUAUCUGGCUCCGACACUGGAGAGAGGUAUGCUGAAAAAGGAGAAGAGGAAAAGAGUAAGAGUGAAGAAGAAAAGCUGGACAACGAAGGAAUGUUUUUCAUCUAUCAUUGGCUGUUACUGCUGAUAUCUCUACUCUCUGUCAAAAACCUGAAGACAAUGAUGAAGAUGACCCUGAAGGAUAUCCUUAUGUCAGCUGUUUUCUUUCUCAAAUUGAUCAUUAUGGCUCAGGUCCAGUUAAUUUCUGUUGUAAUUCGCAGCAUCAUAUAUGUGCUGUACAUAUCCUUUGUUAGUGGUGGGCUCAUAGAGGGAGCCAAGAGGAUCAGGAUAUCAGACUUGCUGGGUGGCUUCCUUGAGCCAACUCUUGAUGAGGUCAUGGGGGUGCCAAGUAGUGUGGAUCGGAUGAGGAAGUACUCUACCAGUUUGUCUUCCCAGAGAGAAUUGAGGGAGAUCGGGCAGGUGGCAGCUGUGACCUCCCCUAGGGAGGUCGAUGUGCUGUCGGAUAUAUUCGGUCUCAAAGUGAAAAAGGAGGGAAGUCAAUACAGACUUAUAACGCAAGACCUCACAGCCAGUCUGACUGACCUGUUCAGCACAACCUCCAGAAAAAAUUCAGAUUUUUCUGAGAAGCAUCAGGGCACGGCCCACACUGCCAAGGAGGAAAACACAGAAGAUGAGAAAAUGCUUCAUACAAAAGGGAAGGAAUCUGAGAAGAAAACUGCGAAGGAGAAAGCAGAGGCAGAAUGGAGAGCCAAGAGAAGUUCUAAUAAGUCAGAGGAACCAGAGAGCCAACAGUCAGCCCUCUGGGAGAUUAUAAGCACUCAUAACAAGAGCCUGCUGAAUUACUUUGCAAGGAAUUUUUAUAACAUGCGCUUGCUGGCUCUGUUUGUCGCCUUUGCAAUCAACUUUAUCCUCCUCUUCUACAAGGUGAGUGUAGCAUCCUUGCCUGCAUCCCAAGAGGGGGAAAGAGUGGUCACAUCUGUUUACAGGGAGGAGCUGCACUCUGCUACUGAAGAUGACAACAAGGACACUGUUUAUUUUGUGCUGGAGGAGAGCAGUGGAUACAUGAAGCCGUCACUCCACUUCCUGGCUGUAGCACACACAAUCAUCUCCUUCUGUUGUAUUAUCGGUUACUACUGCCUCAAGGUACCAUUGGUGAUCUUCAAACGUGAGAAGGAAGUGGCACGAAGGCUAGAGUUUGACGGGCUGUAUGUGACAGAGCAGCCCCCUGAGGAGGACAUCAAAGGGCAAUGGGACCGACUGGUCAUUAACACACCAUCAUUUCCGAAUAAUUACUGGGAUAAAUUUGUAAAGAGGAAGGUGAUGGAUAAGUAUGGUGACUUGUAUGGCUGUGAGAAGAUCAGUGAACUCUUAGGUCUGGACCAAGCUGCUUUAGACUUCAGCUCAGAGAGAAAAGAAAGGAAGAGGCUUAAGAGAGACACUGCCUGGAGUGUUCUAUUUAACUCCAUUGACAUGAAGUACCAGGUCUGGAAACUAGGAGUUGUGUUCACUGAUAAUUCCUUCUUAUACUUGGCCUGGUACAUGGCCAUGUCGGUCUUGGGUCACUAUAACAACUUCUUCUUUGCUGCCCACCUCUUGGACAUCGCCAUGGGCUUUAAGACACUUCGUACCAUCCUUUCCUCUGUCACACACAAUGGGAAACAGUUGGUCCUGACUGUGGGCCUGUUGGCGGUCGUCGUGUAUCUCUACACUGUCGUGGCCUUCAACUUCUUCAGGAAGUUUUACAACAAGAGCGACGACAAGGACACCCAAGACAUGAAAUGCAAUGACAUGCUUACUUGCUACAUGUUCCACAUGUACGUGGGAGUGCGUGCGGGCGGGGGCAUUGGUGAUGAGAUCGAGGACCCUGCUGGGGAUGAGUUUGAGGUGGAACGCAUCUUCUUUGACAUCACAUUUUUCUUCUUUGUCAUCGUCAUCCUCCUGGCCAUCAUCCAGGGCUUGAUAAUUGAUGCGUUUGGGGAGCUGCGUGACCAGCAGGAGCAAGUGAAAGAGGAUAUGGAGACCAAAUGUUUUAUAUGUGGAAUAGGAAGUGAAUACUUUGAUAAAGUCCCUCAUGGCUUUGAGACCCACACUCUACAGGAGCACAACUUGGCCAACUAUCUAUUUUUUCUGAUGUACCUUAUUAACAAGGAUGAAACUGAACACACGGGGCAGGAAUCCUAUGUGUGGAAAAUGUAUCAGGAGCGUUCCUGGGAAUUCUUUCCUGUGGGAGACUGUUUCCGUAAGCAAUAUGAGGAUCAACUGGGAUGAAAGGGACUCUGAGAGAUCUAAAGGCUCCCUUGAUAAUGUCAUCACACAGCAGCUGUCCUGAUUGAUGCCCUUGGACUCACUUAAUUACCUUCAUUUUGUGUGUACACUACAUUGAUUUUAGAGUGAUUUUCUCUCAAAGUAUACAUUCUUCCUAUUUAUGCACAUGAGUAUUU